CAUUAUUUUAGUUGAGAGAAGACAGUAAAGUCAUUAUCUCGCAGACAGAGAGACACUAUUGUCUGAAGAAGAAAAAACGACAACGGGCAAUUUCCAUCCUCCGAUCACUUCCUUCGGAAGACAUGCCAACUGGCGAUUGCUUUCACUGCCACAAGCCAGGUCACUGGGCGAACCGUUGCCCUCUCAAAUCCGCAACGAAGAUCACCACCAUCGACCCCGCAGCUUCUCCUCCGGUCAUUCACUGCCACUGCGACCGAGCUUGCCUUGUUUUGACUUCUAAAACUCUGAAAAACCCUAACAGGAGAUUCUACAAGUGCUCAGCAGUCCCAAACUGCGAAUUUUUCAAAUGGUGCGACGAAGUGAGUAUCAAUUCGCAACCUGUCUCCCUCAACCCUCCUUGCCCUUGUGGCUCUGGUCCCUGUAGAAGAGUAACAGUCCCCGAUGGACCAAACGCUAACCGUUCUUCCUUUGUUUGUUGCAUUAAGAAGGGUUUCGGAGCUUGUGGAUUCUCUCAAUGGGAGGAUGAUGCUCAAAUUCAAUCUGAACAAGUAGGACUUGGUGGUCCUCCUUGUACUUCUACAUUGUCUGAUUUUUCGGAGUUUAAAAAUUCACUUCCUAAUAUUGAUUUGAGUUCGGAUGCUAGUGUAAACCAAGAACCUAAAGAUGUGGGUAGUUUUGAGACAGAAGAGAAAGUGCUCUCUUCACUUGCACCGGAACAUAAUGAAAAUCAACUAAAGGAUUUGUGUUAUUAUUACACAACAAAUAGUGAUGAUACGGGGUUUCGUGGUAAAGAGAGUUAUGCACCUGAGGUAGCUGAAGCAACGAGUCUUUCUGAGAACAUCAUCAAUCAAGUUUCUAAUAGACCAACCUGUCAAUCUACUACGUCUAUUGAAACCGAAGCCUCUUGCUCCUCUUUGAUGGACCUCAUUGAGCAAUAUAACUCGGAGAAGCUCUAUUUCGAGAGUGUUUCUAUGAAACAUGUUGAUGUGUUGUCCGCUUUUACGGGUUCGUACAAGAUAUUAGAGUCUCUUCGUGAUACAGCGCAUAAUCUGAGCACACAGCUUACUGAAGUAAAGAAACAAGUGAAGCUUUACGAAGCCAAGACCUCGGAAUUUGCAGCGAGUCUUGAAGAAGUCUGCGGUGAAAUGACGAAAUCGCAGAAUAAAAUGGUGGAGACGGCAAGGAGAGUACUGAAAGAACUGAGUGGAAGGAAAGUUGCUGCUCUGUAGUAGUAGACUACAAGAAGCUGAAAGGUGCAAGGAAGUGAGGAAUGGACCACCUAUAUAUAUCUUCCCCUUGAAUGUUUAUAUAAUAUAUACAUCUAAAUUAGAAAAUAAAAGACUGAAGAUAAGAUGUAUAAUCCUCUAAUGGAUGUUCUAUAAACUAAGCAUUUUAGAACUUGUAAAAGCUGGAAUCACUGGAAAACAGAGGAAGGUUCAUCUCUC